AUGGUAACCCCAGAAGCCAAGCUCACAGUGAUUUGGCUCCCGGGCCCGGAACGUCCCAAUUAUAUAUGUGGGUCUCAACAACGACUCGAAUCGUCUUCCUCCGAUUCUCGGGUCCUUCUACGCACUUACAUCACGCCGGCAAAAAGUCCCGUGACCGCGAGUUUGUACCCUCGGUCACGGCAUGCAUCUCAACUUCGACCACAACCGCCACCCCACUCACUGUUUCCAUGUAUUCCUUACAAGAUAUUACAACGCGGCCAGAAGGAGAGAUCGAGCUCGAAACGUGGAGUUAUCAACUCGAAUGAUUUGCACCGUUUCGAGUGGAUAUACGGUCUAGAUAACCGCAGUUUUCCCUUCAGUGGGGAAGAGAAUACAGUUACUGUACACAAGGAUCUUAUUUACCACAUCAAGGAACGAAAACUGGCGAUAUCACCAGCGACAUCUCUUGCUAGUAAAGCACUUACGAUGAUGAAUUUCAAUACAACGGUUAAGUCAAACAGUGAUCGUCAGAGGUUCGAGGACUUUGGCAGUGGACCUUGGGAAUAUGUCCUCUUCGUAACGAAAGGAAUGAAAGCGCUACCUCCGUUAUUUCAUCGCUCACUUGAUGGUAGUACCGCGCCGUUGUCGCUAGACGAAUCAGUGUCCGACUACAAUGCCUUACCUCGCUUCACGUCAAUGAUCCACCCACUCGUUGUCAUUUUCUUUAGAUUGCGAAACCCAAUCGGCUCGCACUGCGUCGAGAAGUCCCUCGAACCACAUGUUAUCGCACCAAUAACAAGGGUAUUUCUUGAAUGGCCCCUUUGGACCCACAACCGCUUCCUUCCCAUGCUCACCUCACCGAAACGGAAGCGACCAGGCGCUUCUGACACGUGUGGUUGCUCGGAUUGCGAAGAGUGGGAGUAUAGCGAGAGCUCUACCUCAGGUUCGAGUUCACAAGCAGAUAGUUCAGAAGAUUCCGAGUCGUGGCGGGAUCCCGUGCCUGUGGAGGAAGUCAUCAAGGAUGAUGCUCGCGUCAAGGAUUGGUCGUUACAGGCUGAGGGACCGUCAGAGGGUGACGGUUCUGAUCCGAUUCUCGAGCAGUAUUCACGGGAACCAUCGCCUCCGGUAUCAUUCACUUUGGGGAGGUUGGAGGAGGCGAUGGGGUUGCGGUUGGAGCGAUUACAGCCCAUUCUGGAGGCAGCAAAGCAUCGUUUGUCUGAGAAGCGCUCGAAAAACAGUUGAUUCUGAUUUCUCUUUGCAUGCCUGCACAUUUGUAUCGCCAUCCAUCACACAUCUAUCCACCUCUGCAACACUUCAUUCCCAUUUCUGCUUUACUUAUGUUCACUUUUUUUGGUUUACCACUAGCAUAAUGUUCACGCAUUCUCAGGUUUUCUGUAUCCAACACUUAUGUAGACACGGUGUGGGCAAUCUUAUGUAUUCAUGUCUCUACGUCGAGGCGUAUUGGUACA